AUGAAGAUUGAGGAAAUCACGGAAAAGAUGGACGAGUCCCUCAAGGUCUCGGAGCCCACGCCAGCCUCCGAGGCCACCAAACCUCAGCUCCCGCCCGCACACACCAUCGCCAGCGGCAAGACGGUUGAUGAGGUGUGGGAGGAUCUCAACAAGUCGCCGCUGUUCAUGACGGACUUGGACGCCGCUGAGGGAGAGAAUGACGAUAUUGCUGCGCUGCAGGCUCUUGCGUAUGAGGGUACGCCGCUGGAGAACGGUGUCGACUUCAAGGAGCGUGGCAAUGAGUGCUUCAAGAUACGAGGGUACGUCGACGCAAAGGAGUUUUACGGAAAGGGUAUUGCUAUUCUCGCCGGAGAGGAGCGAAAGCGCGCAAGAGGAGAGGUUACCAAGAACCCUGACGGGGAGGAGGACUCGGAGGAGGAGAUCGCCAAGCAGAAGAGCACUCUCGAGACACUCUACAACUACCGCAGCUGCUGGCUCGACUGCGCUGCCGCUCUACGCCUCAACCCUCGCAACCUCAAGGCCUACUACCGCAGUGCCCGCGCCCUUCUUGCCGUGGACCGCAUCGAAGAGGCAGACGAUGUAUGCGCCCGUGGUCUCUCCCUCGACGAGUCCAACGCUUCUCUCCGCGGUGUAGCUGACGACAUCAUCAAGCGCGCCAAAGAGAUUGAUGCCCGUCGCAAGAAGGAAGCCGAGCGCGUCGCAAAGGAGAAGCGCCGCGAGAUGCUCGUCAAGGCUGCUCUCCGAGCCCGCAACAUCCCGACACGCACGACUUCGCAGCCGCCCGAGAUGGAAGACGCGGGGAUAGCGUUGGUUCCUGACCCGGAUGAUCCUCGCAGCGCGCUGGCGUUCCCGACCGUGUUUCUGUACCCGCUAGACCUCGAGUCGGACUUUGUCAAGGCGUUUGAGGAGACGCACACGCUGGAGGACCAUCUAGGCUAUGUCUUCCCUCUGCCGUGGGAUAAGGAAGGCAAGUACACGCUGGCCAACGUCGAGGCCUUUGUCGAGACCCGGGAGGGAGGACUCUUAAAGAUGGGCAAGAAGGUGUCGCUGCUGAAGCUUCUGGGAACGGGCAAGGUCGAGGUGGUGGACGAGGUUGUGAGGAUCUUUGUCGUGCCCAAGGACAAGGCCGAGUCGUGGGUCAAGGAGCACAAGGCCAAGAGGGCAGCCGAGAAGGGUGAGGCGAGCUAG